GCGAUAAAAUAGCCAAUGUUGUUUAGCCCCGAAUAUUCUGGAAAGGAGGGUGUCGCGACGUGGGCCAAUGAGAAGAAGCCAACUGUUGUAACGUCCGCCGAUCACAGCUCGGAAUUCUUCUGUAACGUGUCGUUUUCAGCCAAUCAGAGUGAGACACGACGAGAUGGUGCCGUUAAUAUCCCCGGCGCUCAAUUCAUUCUCAAGUCAGUCAUUUCACAGCAUCUCAAGCGAACGAAGUUAAAUUGUGUUCUCUGUGUCAUUAAGCAGUUUGGAUAUAUUAAAACUUUUUCUGGUGAAUUCUUACAAUAUCACUUCAAAAUGAAGGGAGCAGUAGCCCUGUUUAUGCUGGGGCUGAUCACAGCCUUGGCAACUGCCAAAGAAGAUAAAAAAGACAAGGAGGAUAUUGGUACAGUCAUAGGAAUUGAUUUAGGAACAACUUAUUCAUGUGUGGGUGUGUAUAAAAAUGGGCGAGUGGAAAUCAUUGCCAACGACCAAGGAAACCGAAUCACUCCAUCCUACGUCGCGUUCACACCUGAUGGAGAAAGACUGAUUGGUGACGCCGCCAAGAAUCAACUCACAACCAAUCCAGAAAACACUGUGUUUGAUGCCAAGCGUUUGAUUGGUCGUGAAUGGUCUGACUCGACUGUUCAGCAAGAUGUCAAAUUCUUCCCAUUCACUGUUAUUGAAAAGAACAGCAAGCCACACAUCAAAGUUAGUACGAGUCAAGGAGACAAGGUGUUUGCUCCUGAAGAAAUUUCCGCUAUGGUUCUCAAUAAAAUGAAGGAAACUGCUGAGGCCUACUUGGGUAAGAAGGUCACACAUGCCGUCGUCACUGUACCUGCGUACUUCAACGAUGCCCAGCGACAGGCCACCAAAGAUGCUGGAACUAUCUCUGGUUUGAACGUGAUGAGAAUCAUCAACGAGCCAACGGCAGCUGCUAUUGCUUACGGUCUUGACAAGAAGGAUGGAGAGAAAAAUGUCUUGGUAUUCGACUUGGGUGGUGGUACCUUCGAUGUGAGUCUCCUGACCAUUGACAAUGGAGUAUUUGAAGUAGUGUCUACAAAUGGUGACACCCAUUUGGGAGGUGAAGACUUUGACCAAAGAGUCAUGGAUCAUUUCAUCAAAUUGUACAAGAAGAAGAAGGGCAAGGAUAUCCGCAAGGAUAACAGGGCUGUACAAAAAUUACGUCGAGAGGUUGAGAAGGCCAAGAGAGCAUUGAGUGCUAGCCACCAGGUGAGGAUCGAAAUCGAGUCCUUCUUUGAGGGAGAAGACUUCUCAGAGACCCUGACACGAGCCAAGUUCGAAGAGCUGAACAUGGAUCUGUUCCGUAGCACAAUGAAACCGGUACAGAAGGUUUUGGAAGAUGCUGAUAUGAGCAAGAAAGACGUAGAUGAGAUUGUACUUGUUGGUGGAUCCACAAGGAUACCAAAAGUUCAGCAGUUAGUGAAAGAGUUUUUCGGUGGAAAGGAACCCUCCAGGGGAAUCAACCCCGAUGAGGCUGUGGCAUAUGGAGCUGCUGUUCAGGCUGGUGUACUUUCCGGCGAACAAGAUACCGACGCAAUCGUCUUGUUGGAUGUCAACCCUCUGACUAUGGGUAUUGAAACAGUCGGUGGAGUGAUGACCAAACUCAUCCCAAGAAACACCGUCAUCCCAACCAAGAAAUCGCAGAUCUUCUCUACAGCUUCAGAUAACCAACACACUGUGACUAUUCAAGUCUAUGAAGGUGAACGACCAAUGACUAAGGACAACCAUUUGCUUGGCAAGUUCGAUCUCACUGGAAUCCCACCAGCACCUAGAGGAAUUCCACAAAUUGAAGUGACAUUCGAAAUCGAUGCCAAUGGUAUCCUGCAAGUAUCUGCUGAAGAUAAGGGAACUGGAAACCGUGAAAAGAUUGUGAUCACAAACGAUCAGAACCGCUUGACACCCGAUGAUAUUGAACGGAUGAUCAAGGAUGCUGAGAAGUUCGCCGACGAUGACAAGAAACUGAAGGAACGUGUCGAAGCACGUAAUGAACUGGAAUCGUACGCAUAUUCGCUGAAGAAUCAACUGUCUGAUAAAGAAAAGCUUGGUUCCAAGGUCAGCGACUCAGAUAAGACAAAGAUGGAAGAGGCUAUCGAAGAAAAGAUCAAAUGGCUCGAAGAUAACCAAGACAGUGACCCAGAAGAAUAUAAGAAACAGAAAAAAGAACUAGAAGAAAUCGUUCAACCAAUUAUUGCUAAGCUUUACCAAGGGGCUGGUGGUGGCGUUCCACCUACCGGAGGCUCUCCUGACGAAGAAGACGAUCUUAAGGAUGAACUAUAAUCACAAAGAACUCUUUAUGUUCGUUAGACUGAAAACAACCUUCAAGCAAAUACUUUCGAUGCUAGUAUAUAACGACAUCGUAACGUACCUUGUAUAUAAUUCACAGCUGGUUCGUGACAGCAACAUUUUUUCAACUGGAAGUCGAAAAUGAAGGAACUGGACUUGACUUUAUUGUUAGGCAAUGAGGGCGCGAGGUAAUUCUGUGAAAUCGUUGUAUUACUUUGAACUGUAUUUGCUAAAAGGAAAUGUCGACCUUCCGCACCCUCAUAGAAAACUAGAAACACAUGGUGGCAAUGUUUCCUUUUUGAAAUAUUGCCAUAUAGGAGUUGAAAUUCAAUUCCUUUGAAAUAUUUCAGUGUGUUGUUAAUUUAUUUUGAUUAUUUUAUAUGUUCCAUUGAAGUACUAAUCGAAUACAUUUGAAAAUAUUUGUGAGGCUCAAGGAGAGCGUGUGCGUGAGUGCCAGUGUAGUUACUAUUGUUAUUGUGGCAUAGCAUGUACAAUAAUUAUUGUAUGAUUGCGAGUAUGCAAGAUCUAUCAGUAUCACAUAAUAAACAUUUUUUCAGUAAA